AUGGGUGAUUUGGACGACUCCAUCAAACUUGACGACGAUGAUCUUCUUAGCACAACCGGGAACAGUGUUGCAGACAUGACGGAUCUCUCCUCUAUCGAACAACAAAUGGAGGAGUUUGAGGAGGAACAAAGAAAAAUCAAACAAAUGCAAAGUGACAUCGAGGGCCAAAUGAAUCUGCCCAGGAGUAGCAACGGCACUAGCAGUCCGGCUGUAAUGACUCCCGAAGAGAAGGCUGAAGCUGAUUCGCGCUCAGUGUACAUUGGCAAUGUUGACUAUAGCGUAACUGCUGAAGAGUUGGAAAAGCAUUUUCACGGGUGUGGUUCAGUUGCACGGGUCACUAUUUUGUGCGAUAAAUACACAGGGCAUCCUAAGGGGUUUGCUUACGCUGAGUUUGCCGAUAAAGAAGGGAUGCAGAUGGCUCUAGCGAUGACAGACAGUCUUCUUAAAGGGCGACAGAUAAAGGUUAUGGAAAAACGCACCAAUCGUCCCGGUAUUUCAACCACAAAUCGUCCUCCUCGUGGGCGUGGUUACCGUGGGCGAGGUGGCUACGGAGGCGCACCCCCAGGCUACAUCAUCAAGUACGUUCCAGUGGGCGGCUAUCGCCCUCGUGGAGCGCGUGGUCUUCGACGUCCUCGUGGCUUCCAUCCUUACACGCCGGAGUGUGAUGUGACCUCACCCGGGGCGCAGGCAGAACCUUUGUAA